AUGUCCAAUACUGCCCGUCACUUGUACAUGUGUUGCAGCAAAAACAAACUUUACGGGGAUCUCGUCCUCGUGGAUCGUCUCAUGGAGGAACUUAUAGACUGUAAUGUUGGUAAAAGGGGGAAGUUAUGGGGCUCUUGGCGGAACGUCUGGCGGGGAAGUACGGCAUUUCACAGGAGUAGCAGGAUGAAAUUGCCUUCUGUUCUCCUGAGAAUCUUUUGGCUACAUGGGAAAAGGGCAUGCUUAACUAUGUUAUGCCUCUUGAGGCUCCUGACCGAAAAGGCGUUCGGAAGGUGGAGAGGGAUGAAGAACCCAAAAAAUUGA